GUGUUUGGUGAUGAUAUCUUGAAUUGUGAAUCUUGAAUCUUCAAUGCUUCAAUUCAUUCAAUAAAGUACCAUUGGCUACAAUAAUUUGAUUCUUUCCUACCAUCGACAUCGUCAAUUCCACUCUUCAAAGGCAUAUUUGCCUUGCAUUUUAUCUAAAAUGCAUUUCCUUAAGACGCUGGUAGUCUCCUUGCUACCUAUAGCUGCUCUAGGUGCCAAAAAACCCGCGGUCGAUAACUUUGAACGAUACCAUACCAAAUCUCUCUCUUCUACUCCAUUGAAGCUCGACGAUAAUGUAUAUGCCAAAUUGACCACUGCUCCAAGGGACUACUCUCUAGCCGUGUUGUUGACGGCUUCGGAAACUAGAUUCGGAUGCCAAUUAUGUCGUGAAUUCCAACCAGAGUGGGAUCUAUUGUCAAAGGGUUGGACAAAAGGGGAUAAGCAAGGGGAAUCCCGCUUGCUCUUCGGGACGCUUGACUUUAUGGAUGGCAAAGCCACUUUCCAAUCUGUACGUUCGGCGCUGCAAAUCUACCCAGUUUAUCAACACUAAUCUUGAGAUAGCUUAAUCUGCAAACCGCUCCCGUACUUCUACUCUUUCUACCUACCGUUGGCCCUCAUGCCUCGACAAUCAAUGGCCCCGUCAGAUUUGAUUUUACAAAGGGUUCCCAAAGCGCCGAAAGUAUCCACUCCUGGAUUGCUAAAUAUCUUACUGAUCGACCACAUCCUCCCGUUAAACGACCCAUCAACUGGAUUCGUGUUAUCGCUGUUACCACUUCCAUAUUGGGAACGUUAACCUUCAUCAGUGUUGCAUGGCCAUAUGUUCUGCCCAUUGUUCAAAAUCGAAAUGUUUGGGCCGCAGUCAGCUUGAUUUCCAUCCUUUUAUUCACCAGUGGCCAUAUGUUCAACCAUAUUCGCAAGGUUCCAUACGUCGCCGGUGAUGGACGUGGUGGUGUCAGCUACUUUGCUGGAGGAUUCUCAAAUCAAUAUGGUUUGGAAACACAAAUCAUUGCUGCUAUAUGUAAGUACUCUAUUUAUGAUGCCUACUGCUUUCUACUGCAAUAACUGACAGAAUCGAUUAGAUGGAUUUCUAUCCUUUGCAACAAUUUCUUUAGCUCUUAAAGUUCCCCGCAUUGCAGAUCCAAAGAUUCAGCAAGUCGCGGUUCUCGUAUGGAGUGGAGUCAUCUUCCUUAUGUACGGCUUUUUGCUCAGCGUUUUCCGUAUCAAGAACGGUGGAUAUCCAUUCUGGCUCCCACCUUUCAGCUGAGUGGUAUAGCUAAGACGAGUCUCUGUUAAAGGACUAAAGAGAUAUACAUGUAUCAUAUACUAGCCCUCUUGAUGUAGUCGGCUUUACAUACUGAAAAGCGAAUCUUCCAUUUCUUUGGCCCAAUGCUUGGCCUCAAAUAAAAUUAUCACAAGAGCUGAACGUUUCAUAUAGCAUAAAUCUUUCACUUUAUGGUAGUCAAUCUACGGCGAAUAGCAUUUUCGUGUGCUACUCUACAGGUCAAAAAUUAUC